AUGCAUCUUGCAACUGGUUUUGCAACCAUCGCGGCAAUCGCGCCUCUCCUCCUUCCUCAUGUCCUAGCCCUCCCAUCCCCAAAUCCCCAACCAGAUUUUUUCGGCGACAUCAAAAACACAUGGGACAAAAUUACAGGACAAGAGCACCAAUCCAAUGCGGGAAACACCGCCGAGCAGAAUUUGGCCGGGAAUGCCACUCUUCUCUCCCAGAGUUUCGGGGCUCUCUUGGACGGAGAUCCAUCCAACAAUGUAGAGGCGAUAAUCGCACUGGCGAAAUCCGGCGAAGACUGGUUCCAGAACAUCCAAAGCCAUGCCGAUGAGAUCGCAGCACACAUCCCGAAUCCAGCAGAGGAUGUGAGGAAGGCUAAACAAGCGCUUAAAGACGUCGUGGAGGAUAUCAAGAAUGAGUUCAAGGAGAUCAAAGAGGAUCUUAAGCAUCCAGCGAAGCUGGUCGGAGAUCUGCUCGCUAAGAUUCGUGCUGCUUCGGCGAAGAUGGCUUGUAAAUUACAAAAUGAUGUGUUUGCAUCCAUCAAUACUUUAAUUACGGAGUCGAACAAUCAAAAUAAGGAUAACCCGGUCGUGAAACCUAUUCCUCAGAUACAGAUUUCCAAGGACGUGCAGGACGACUUGGGACUUGAUAUGUCUAAAUGUACUGUUAAUGCCGCUCCUGGGAAUCCUACACCUACUCCUGCACCUGCUCCUGUACCUACUUCUCCACCAACUGUUUAG